AUGACUCCUCCUACACAGGCCAAGGAGUCACCGAUUGAGUCAUCCGUGGAGUCAAUAUUAACCGAGCUCACCCCAAUUUCACCGGUGGACGUAGAGACCGUCGUCGAUUAUACCUGUCAAUGGAGAUCACCGGACGGCAAAGUCUGCCUUAUGCAAUUCAAAGAUGCCGAUGAACUGCAUAACCACACAAAGAAUGAUCAUCUGAAGGGAAUGUCACGGCAACCCCCGGGAUUUCGAUGUCAUUGGGAAGGUUGUACAAGGACGAGUGUGUUUGGCCAAAAGAGCAAAUUAGAACGCCACAUUCAAACUCACACAGGAUAUAAACCUGUGAAAUGCUCCAUAUGCGGCCUGCAGCUCUCAGCGAAGCAGUCGCUUGACCAACACAUGAGAGUGCACACGGGCGAAAAGCCUUGGAAAUGCAGUUUCCCGGGGUGUUUGCAUGCUUUCAAGCAACAAUCCGCACUUACCAUGCACGAGCGCACACAUACUGGGCAUAAACCUUUGACAUCAGUUAAGACGCCAUUUACACAGUAA